ACAGACGCAUGGCAGAGUCCUCUAUUGGAGAACACACCAGCUGUCGCCUAGACACCGCCAGGACUAUCACCGGGCCUGAAGGUGUCCCUCUUGGCAAGCGAAAGCGAAGUGACAAUGGAGCUGAAUGUGAGGUGUGUUCUGCUGCUGGCCUUGGGCCUGUGCUCCACGCUGCUAAUGACCACAGUGGCCGCCCACCAGGAGGAGGAGGAGCCUAUCAUGGAGAUGGCGGGAGACGUGGAGGACGAGCUGGAGGACCUGGGCCUUGGGGAGGAGCUUCUGGACGGGGAGGUGGAGCCAGAGGAGGCAGACACACCAACGGGACCACCUCCAGCCCCUAAAGUGAUCUACAAAGCUCCCGAGCCCAUGGGGGAACACUUCUUCGCCGAGUCCUUUGACAGGGGGACCCUAGACAGCUGGGUCCUGUCAAAGGCCAAGAAGGAGGAUAUUGAUGAGGAUAUCGCCAAGUAUGAUGGUAAAUGGGAGGUGGAGGACAUGAAGGACAGCAAGCUGCCCGGAGACAAGGGCCUGGUCCUCAAGUCCCGUGCUAAGCACCACGCCAUCUCAGCCCAGCUCCUCAGGCCCUUCAUCUUUGACACCAAACCCCUCAUCGUCCAGUAUGAGGUCAACUUCCAGCAGGGGAUCGACUGUGGUGGUGCCUACGUCAAACUGCUCUCCCAGACCCCACACCUCAACCUGGAUGAGUUUGUUGACAAGACUCCCUACACCAUCAUGUUCGGACCAGACAAGUGUGGCGAGGACUACAAGCUGCACUUCAUCUUCCGCCACAGGAACCCAAAGACUGGCGAGUAUGAGGAGAAGCACGCCAAGAAACCCGACGCAGACCUGCGCACCUACUACACCGACAAGAAGACCCACCUUUACACACUGGUGUUGAACCCAGACAACAGCUUUGAGGUGCUUGUAGACCAGACGGUUGUGAACAGUGGUAACCUGCUGACAGAUGUGACCCCACCCAUCAACCCUGCCGCCGAGAUCGAGGACCCCGAUGACCACAAGCCAGAGGACUGGGACGAGAGGCCCAAGAUCCAGGACCCUGAUGCUGUCAAACCUGAGGACUGGGAUGAGGAUGCACCAAAACAGAUCCCAGAUGAAGAUGCAGUGAAGCCAGACGGUUGGCUGGACGAUCAGCCAGAGUACACCAGUGACCCCGACGCAGUCAAGCCUGAGGACUGGGAUGAGGAUAUGGAUGGGGAGUGGGAGGCCCCUCAGGUCCCUAACGCCCUCUGUGAGACCGCCCCCGGCUGUGGCGCCUGGCAACGGCCCAUGAUUGACAACCCCAACUACAAGGGCAAGUGGAAGGCCCCCAUGAUCGACAAUCCCAACUACCAGGGUGUGUGGAAGCCCAGGAAGAUCGCCAACCCGGACUUCUUCGAGGACCUCCAUCCCUUCAGGAUGACCCCCUUCAUCGCCGUGGGCCUGGAGCUGUGGUCCAUGUCCAGCGACAUCUUCUUUGAUAACUUCUUCAUCUCCAACGAGCGGCACACGGCCGAGCGCUGGGCCAAUGACGGCUGGGGCAUGAAGAAAGCUGCUGAGGGAGCCGCUGAGCCCGGGCUGGUGAACCAGAUGAUGACCGCAGCAGACGAGCGUCCCUGGUUGUGGGUAGUCUACGUGCUGACUGUGGCCGUGCCCUUCGUCCUCCUCAUCGUCUUCUUCUGCACCGGAAAGAAGGCGGCGGCUCCAGCUGCAGCCGACUACAAGAAGACAGACGAGCCCCAGCCAGACGUGAAGGAGGAGGAAGAGGAGAAGGCUGAGGAGGACCAAGUCAAGGAGGAGAAGAGCCAGCCAGCAGCAGCAGCGGAGAAGAAGAGUGAUGCAGAGGACAGCCCUGCAGAGAAAGAAGAUGAAGAGGAGGAGGAGGAGGAAGAAGAGGCAGCAGUAAAUGAGGAGGGGGAAGAGGAAGAUGAUGAGGCAGCUGAUCAGAAACAAGAAGAUGACGUCCUCAGGAGGUCCCCCAGAAAUACGAAAGGGAGAAAGGACUGAUGUGGCUGCCACAACCCUGGAUCUUCUGAUUUAAACCAACAGGCCUGACCCCCCCCGGCUCCCCUUAUUCCCCCCCGCCCCCGGCUGUCUUCUCCACACAUCCCCCCUCCCAGGACGAUGAAGUGAUCUCUCUCGUCAGGAUCAACAGAAAACAA